UUCAGCCCUCACCUUUUACGCUAGAAAACAAUACGUCAGGGACAGGGGCGUGUCCGCUGAAGCCUGCUCCUGCGGGCCUGUUGUGCCGGGUUUAAGUAUUAAAUGCAACCCUGUGUUGGCACAAAGGUCAUAGUCAAGCAGAAAAUAUAAAAGCAAAUGCAUAAGAAUGUCGGACUUUGGAGAAAUCCUUCGGGCUAUUGGGGAAUUUGGGACAUUCCAGAAGCUUAUCUUAUUUGCCCUUACCCUGCCAAACAUGAUUUUAUGCUUUCAUUUCGCCAGUGUGUACUUUGUCCAGUCAGAUCCGGAGCGCCACUGUAACACUGACUGGAUCCUGAGAGCCGAUCCGAACCUGAGCCCAGGGGAGCAGCUGAACCUGACCGUACCCCGGGAGCAGGAUGGGAGCUUCAGCCGGUGCCGGAUGUUUGUUCCUGUGGACUGGAGCAUCAGUGAGAUCAGACGGCGUGGCCUCAGAGAGACCACUGAGUGUGUGAGCGGGUGGCUGUACCACAGCUCGCUCUACACCUCCACCAUAGUCACCGAUUUUGAUCUGGUUUGUAGUCGAGCUUAUUUAUUACAAGUAGCGCAAACGGUCCUAAUGGCUGGAAUCCUCAUUGGGUGUCUCUUGUUUGGACCUUUUGCUGAAUCGUUUGGUCGGAAGCGUGCAACUCAGAUACCCGUCGUGGUGCUGUUGGUGUUCACUGCUACCACCGGACUAUGUCACAAUUUGCAUCUGUAUUAUGCCUCCCAGUUCAUGGUAGGAAUGGGAUACGGAGGAUACCGAGUGAACGCCGUCGUUCUGGCCACAGAGUGGAUCGGAGUGUCCAGACGGUCCUGGGGUGCGUGCGUGACCCAGGUAUUUAACGCCAUCGGCCAGUGUGUCCUGGCUGGUCUGAUCUACAUGAUCCGAGACUGGAGACUGGCUCAGCUCCUCACUGUAGCUCCACUGUCUGUGGUGGUCAUUUAUAUCUGGUUUGUUCCAGAAUCUGCCCGCUGGCUGCUGUACAGGGGACGGACAGAAGAGGCUAAAGUGCUGCUGGCGAGGGUGGCCACCAUCAACAAACGCCCCUUUCCUGAAGCUCUACUGACAAAGAUUUCCGUCAAAGACCAAGUGCAGGAGAGCAGAACUACAGUGUUCUUCCGGUCGUCCGUACUGAGGAGGAACUUGUUAGUCAUCACGUUUGCAUGGUUCUCCGGGAGUCUCACCUACUACUGCCUCUCGUUCAACAUGGGGAAUUUUGGCCUCAACAUCUUUCUGACUCAGCUCAUAUUCGGUCUGACGGAACUUCCGGUCCACAUUCUUGGCAUCUGGCUGCUGGAAGCUGUCGGGAGGAAGAUGUCGUUGAUGGGAACUCUGCUGACGGCAGGCUUCUUGUGCUUCAUGAUGCUCCCAGUAGUCGGUCAGUCUGUCGUCAUCACCUUGCUGGCUACUUCAGGACGGUUCCUAACCAACUGGGCUGGAUCCGUGUGUAAUGUGUACAUCCAGGAGCUCUUCCCAACGUCGAUACGACAAACAGCUUCUGGUCUGGGCUCCAUCGUCAGCAGAAUCGGCGGGACAUUGUCCCCAGUGGUCAACAUGAUGGCCCUGUACCACUGGUCCGUUCCCAUCGUCUGCUACAGUGGCAUGGCAGUGGUCAGUGGAGCUCUGUGCUUCCUGCUCCCGGAAACCAGACGACUGGAGCUGCCCGACUCUACUGAAGAGGCGGAGUGCAUCAGUGAGAAACCUACAUUACAGAGUCGUUCCACCUCAGCCUGAGUCAGCAGCGGAGGUCUUCAGAGCAGACAUCGACAGAACAGGAAGAAGCUGAAAUAAGAGAUGCUAAAUGAUAGAAGCGGAGAGACUCAAACACAUCUCUUUUUAAAGGACAUGAGGUGAUUUCAGAACUGUUCUGCUGAGAUAAAAGCAGGCGUCAGCUGUCAUAUUUAAUACACGCUGUUCGACUCCUGAAUCAGUGCUGUGCAGCUCAGAGGAGUCAUACACCCUGUGUACAUCAGUGUGCUGAAGUGACUUGACAUGGUCACUUUUUUUUUUACUUUAUUAGAUAUGUGAGAUGAGUGUGUGUUGAUCUCAAUGACAAACUUAUGUGAGGUACAAUGGAAGACAAACAGCACCUUUUUCCCCACCCUUUUUCUGCAUGUUCACCCCUCCCCUGUCACAGUUUCUCAUAACCCACGAAUCAAUAGAAGUGACCGGUCGAAGGGAAAUGAACAGUGAAUGUGGUCAGAGGAAAUGAAGAUAUUGAGUUCAAUAAUGAAUAUAGUGAAGAUCAAAAGUGCAACUUAAGAUUGCCUUGAAGAAGAACCACUGAAAACUCAUUUACCCACCAUGUUUCUCAAUACAUUCUUGUUAAGUCUUGGCCAGGUUAACUAUUACCUUCACAUGUUUCAAACAGUAAUUUUCCACCUCCGUGUGCACCUGAGAACGCAUGGUUGCAUGUGUCCGUUGUGGAAAGGGAUGCAUCCUAAACGACAUCUUCUUCAGUUAACAGACUAUAAAAUAUACAUUUGAUGCUCGGUAUCUCUGCUGCUAUCGUCUCCAUAAAAGACAGACAAACAAGAUGAAGUCAUGAAACGCCAUGUGUUGCUUCAUGAACCCAUCGAACCCAGUCGUGGCACAUGGUCACAUGGGUCAUGUGAGAGUAGUAAAAGUGAUUUAUCAAACAGCCAGGGUCUGAGUCUUGGCUGGUGGGAACACAUUACCGUGGUACAGUCCCGCAGUAGGACGAUGGAAUCCCCCAGUGGGUCCUCACACAAGACCCCACACGGGGCCUCCAAGAAGGCCGAAAACUCUACUGUAUGACACCAGUCAGAGUUCUACCUCCCUUAAGCCGAAGCUCUAGAGAGGUGACCCUCUGAAAAGAGAGCGAAGAACACCAGAGAAGGAAAGAUUCCAGUCCGUAUCAAGGAGCUGGGUUCCAGAACCCAAGCUGUCCAUGCAAGUGAGCCCCAGCAGAUCCAACUGGUACCACCUCCCGCGCUGACUCAGGCUCCUUACCCCCACAGUGAGGUGACGUUCCAUGCUAUAAAUAUGGUCAAUAUAAUUUGAUCAAAGAAUGGCUUUUUAAUUCAUAUUUGUCUCUCUUUUCAUGCAUUUCACAGUUUAUUUUCUCAGUUUUCUUCGUGCAACAGUCAUGAAUCACAAAGCUACAAAGAUUGUUCUUUAAUGCGAAUGAAACCAGAGACGCUAAACAAAUAUCCCGAAAGACGACCACAAAAUUAGACAGAGUGAAGGCAGACAUGUGGAAGUUCAAAUCCCAGUUUGACAGGUUCAA